UGAAUACUAUAUAAUACUAUAGAAACACACACCCACACACCCACACACACACACACCCUAUGUAAACAUAAUGAAAGACCAAAAGAUUGGCUUAUCAUUUGAAUGUGCAGAGUUGUGUAAGGAUGUUCAUUUACUCUGUUAAUGUGUGCACGUACUUGAGAGAAGGAAUGUGUUUUAGGAGGCCCAGUUCUCUCUUUCUGUUCUGGCUUAGGCUCAGAUAAGGUAACAUUCUGGGUCUUGGAAUAAACAGGACAGGUUAAGGGGUCAAAGGCCACAUAUAGCUCGAGGCUCUUUCCUUCCUGUGUCUUUGGGAGACGUGGCUCUUAUCUAGCAUACAUGGGCAUGCACAUUUAUACCUCGUGGCUGUUUGCCAUUGGCUGUAAUCAUAUAAGCUCAUACAUUGACCGAUCACAGAUCAUUUCUCUGUUCCUUCUAACACUAUGGUAGAAUAGGUUUACUCUUUGUUCGGUGAGAUGAACUGAUGCAAAUCUUUGUGUGUUCUGUCUCCUUAUUGUUCGAUAACAUUUUUUAAUCAUCAACCCAGCAGUGUUUUGUGUAUUAUUUCAUGUGUGUUUAGUGUUUUCAGACAAUUUCCACAACACUUAUUUCCUAAUACUGCCUAUAUUAUAUAACCUAUCAACCUCCUUCUGAAUUCAGAUUUCCCUGACCUGUCUCAUAUUUCUUAAUGUCUCCCUCUCUGAAUUAUAGGCUAUUUACUACAAUGCAUGAUAAUGUGUUUUACAUCUUCCAGAGUGUUACACCACUGACACAGAUUUGAUUGACUGCAUGCCCGAAUCUUAAUCGUGUAAUGAUUACCUCCUCUAUGAUAACCUCCUUUAAAGUGUUUAACAUGAACUGACUGUAUAUUAUAAUAAUUUCUCCCUUUAUUGUCUGUAUGUCCUUCUGCCAGACGUUAAUUAUGGCUGUUCUAAUGAAUGAUUUUGCCUCUCUCCUAACAUAUGCUACUUUUAUCACUUUGUUGUCAUAUACUUUAAGAGCCUUCUUUGCCAGUUUAAAAUGGGUGAUUUUAACAUUAAUUGGUUAGAUAAAAAAUGCAGAAAAAAGUUAAAGGAUAUUAGUAAGAUUAGAUAUCAGAUGACUCAAUGAUUAUAAGUCCAACAAGAAUUACAAAACCCUUGCAAACCUUAUUGGAUUUAAUUUUUACAAAUAAAGUGGACUGCAUCUCAAAAACAUACAAUCUCAUUAUUUCCGGUCACAAUCUCACUUUAGUUGCUAAGAAACUAUCCAAGAUGCAAAAAUAGAAAUAUAACAGAAGGGAAAAAAUAUUUUUCAUGUAUUCUAAAGCGGGACCAGGGAAUAUUGGAAUAUGAAAUAUGGCAAACUGAGUGGAUUGAUAUAACAUAUGUUAGUGGACUUGUGAUAAUUUCAGGUCUACAUUAAAACAAACCAUAGCUAAAUAUAUGAAAACAAUGCCCCAGAGGCAGAUGGUUAGACAGUUGUCGUGGUUUAACAAUGCCUUAUGGCAAUUAAUGAAAAAGUGGGAUGCAGCUCUUAAAAUAAAUCUUGAAAAUCAAGUUUGGAAACAGAUCAAUUAAUGUACAAAAGUCUCAGAAAUACAGUUACAACACGAUUGAGGAAGCAAAUUUCUUUUUAGAUAAUAUUCGACAGGCAAAAGGGAAUUAUCAAAUGCUAUAGAGAAGUAUUGAUAAACUUAUGGGAAAAGAACAAAAAAAGAGGAAAAGAAAGUGAAAAUUUAGAACUCAAAUGAAAUUGAAAAAUAAUCUCAACUUUAUAAAAUUCUAAGGCAAGGGAUCACCACGAACUUGACACAGUCUUUCUUAGACUAGCUUUUAAAAAUACAGUUGUAACCCAAGUAUAUGAACAUGGUGACAAAAAAGAAGUAAGCAACUAUAGGACAAUUAGCAUACUUCUUCUGGUUUCAAAGGAGGUUGAAAGGGUAGUUGCAGAACAGCUGGUGUCAUAUCUUAACAAUGAUCUGCUCCACCCUAUGCAGUUCAGAUUUAGGAAUAAUUACUCGACUGAGUCUGCAUGUUGCUAUUUCGUGGAAGUAACCAAGACUAGAUUAGAUCAAGAAGGAGUGGUAGGAGCUGUGUUUCUUGACCUGCAUAAAGCAUUUGAUACAGUCAUCCAAUAUUUCUAUCAAAUUCAAAUGAAAAAUUCCAGCUAAUUGGAUUAGCUGGAUUGGAUAAGGUCUUAUUUAUCUGGUCGUUCACAAUGUGUUUGUAUAAAUAAUGAAUUGUCAUCAAUAAGUGUGCCACAAGGCUCUGUUCUUGGGCCACUGUUGUUCAGUUUAUACAUCAAUGAUCUCCCAUCUGUUUGUGAGGAUGUGAAUAUUCAGAUAUAUACUGAUGACACAGUCGUAUACACUCAUGGGAGAGAUGCUGAACAAGUGGCCACUAAGCUUUCAUUAAUGCUUCAUGAAGUUGCUAAGUGGCUGAAUGACUCGUGUCUUACCUUGAUCACAAAAAAACAGUGACAAUGUAUUUUGCUAAUAAACAAAAACUGUGUGUCCAUGCUUAGUGCUAUUGGACAAAUAAUAAAAAAUGUUAAUGAGAUUAAAUGUAAAGGUAUGAUUUUGAAAGACAUAUUAAAAAGAUGAGUAAAAAAAAUAAAAAUAACAUUGUUAAAUUUAGACAUAUUAGCAACAACAGAAGCACCAAAAACAUUUUUGCAUGCUAUGAUUUUUUCACAUCUUCAUUAUUGUAUAUCCUGCUGGACCCAGGCCAGUGAGACUGUGCUGAAACCAACUGAUAUUCUUUUUAAUCAAACUUUAAAAGUUUUUGAUAGGAAAUCAUUAAAUCAUUGUAACAUAUUGUCCAAAUACAGCCGUUUAAGUUUUGAAAAUCUCGUUCUGUUUUCAGAAAUUCGAUUGGUAUUCCAGAUAAUUCACAAUGCUGCUCCUCUACCGUUGAAGAGCUGUUUUCACUUCUGCUCUGAGCAAAUGAGCAGAACCAGAACCUCGAUCUGCUCUAAACCCUGACUUACACAUCCAACUGCAGCGGACUGCCUUUGCACAAUCUGCUUUUUCAUCUACGGCCAAUAAACAUUGAAUUAUGCUUUCAGCUGAGCUUAAAACUUGCACUGAUUUUCAUUCUUUUUCCCAUGGUGCAAAAAAAAAAAAAAAAAGGGAUAUUGAGCAACUAGUCACGCCCACAUUAGUUUCACCAUGAUUCAGAUUUUAAUUUGUAAUGAAUUGUAGUUCUAUAGUUGCACUGGAUGAAUGUGCUGGUAUUUAUAUGUUGAUUGCGUUUUUAGAUUUGUCUGUAUAAUUAUUAGUAUGUAAUGAUGUUGCAUGUAAAUGAAUGUUUUAAGUAUCUGGUGAUUGCUCUGGGUACUUUCCCAGGGACUGCAGAUAGAAAUUAGCUAAUAGCUAAAUCUGGCAUUAAUCAUCUCUUCUAAUUUUGAGAUUGUUUGUUGUGCAUGGUCCUUCUUUAAUAAAGUCUAAAAAAAAAUCUGCAUGUUCAUUACCUUUAACACCUAUAUGAGCAAGGACCCAACAAAACUGCACUUCUAAACCCAUCCUUUGUAAUCUUAAAAGCAGAAUGUGAAUUUCUAUCAUGAGAUCUUCUCUGAUCUUUGAUCUUUUGCCUUGAUGACUAACCUCUGAGAGCUGCUGCUCACUCUGAACAAAUGAUGAUUGUAAAUGAACAAAAAUGAUUGCAAUGAUUUCUGCUGAAAUUUCAAGGUGGGUCGAUUCGCCAGACGCAUUUUAAGACGUGGGUGAUAUUGGAUUUGGACACAUUUGACUGCCUUGAAAAUAUACAGAAUAUUGACCAGAAUCAGAUUUAUUGGCAAGUAAGUUUGCACAUACAAGGAAUUUGUGUUGCUAUUGUGGUGCGUGACAAUCAAAGAGUAGAAGAGAAAAAGUAUCUGUACAAAGUAAGAAAAAUACAACCUCAAAAGACAGAAGUGUUAUAAGUAUAUAAAUAGACUUUGUCAACAAAGAAGAAGUAACAAUCUAUUCUAUGUGAAGAGAGCUGUUGAGUUUAAAAAAAAAAAAGAACAAGAUGUUGACUGGGAAUGUGCAAAAGGUCACAGUAUAAACAGUAUAUCUAAUGUGCAAGUGUAAUAAUACAAAGAAUACAAAUAAUUGCGUUAAUGUAAUGCGCCAUGUUAGAUGUGACGGGUUCACAGACAUGCAAUAUAAGAUUAUAGAUCUUAUGUUAAUGUAGCGUCCAUGGGUGGGAUAGAGUCUGUGUCAGUGAGGGUCCUGGGCCUGUUUUGUUUCCACAAAUGCCACAUAAAUGGGUGAGGAUUGGAGCCUUUUUGAAAAAUACAUUUCUUAAAUCAUUUAGACAGUAAUGAAUAGACUUCAAUGGAGAAGAAAAAGCCUAUAUCAUGCAACAUAAUGAAGUAACUACAACAUGUGUUUUUUGUGAGGAAGGCAGAGACAUUUAGACAACAGGGCACUGACUUCAGAAGAAUUUCUGUUAGCUUGUCUUUCACUGUGGUCCGGAAAUGUAAAAUAAAUCAGUGUGCAAACAUUCUGCAAUGCAAAACCUCUCCGUUUUCUCCUCAUUCAUACUAAAAAGCUCAGUUGUUGUUUAGACACUGUCAGAGUGCAGUUAAAAUAAUGGAGAUUAAUCUUAUAAAGAAGCUUGAAUUAUACUCUACAGCUGUGGGAGAUCUGAGUCAUUUUUCUUAUACUGUUACUACUCAGCUUUUGAAGUAGUCAUAAGUGACUGCAAAGAAGUUCAGAAGAAUUUCUCUUAUUUCAUUCAUCUCACCUCUACACAAGUGCUCCCCCUAAGACUUCAACAAAUAACACCCCCAGCUUGAAAGAAAAUAUUGAUCUACAAGAGCAAUAUAUUUAGUCUUAAAUAUAUUAAACAUAAACCAAAAACAUUGUUUUACAAGUUAGCUAUAGAGAUAAUAGGACAUUUCAUUAGAAAAUGUUUAUGUCAGCAGGAGAUUCUGAGAUAUUGACAACAUAUGUCUGGCUGUCUGUAAGCGUGUGGGAGAAGUAUGAAGUAAUGCCCUUUUUAUACCUUGAAUUGCAUCAUUUCCUGUGGAGAACUGGUAAAUGCUGUUGGCUGCUGUGCUGGGGGCUUGGCCAUCUCAUUCCCGGCAAGGCACUUUUAGAAAUUCCCUGCACGUGAAGGAAGCACACAACCCUUCUUCCUAAUAUGGUCACCAGCCCCCAAACUAUUUCCUGUCCCAAACCGUCUUCCCAAUCCUUCCAAUGUACUGCCUUCAGGACCUUUUGGAAAUCUUAGAAUUCAUUAGUCGACCAGACAUUACCCAUCAGACAGACACUGGACAGUAAACUAAUGUAAACUUCAUGAAGGCAUGGAAAUAAAGAAAUUUACAAACAAAAAGAGCCUAGAGCUGUUUUAGAAGUUUAUUUUUUUAGGGUUUAGACUUUGUCAGAAUAAAUGUUUUAUUGAAUAAAACAUCUGUUACAUGGUAAAUGUGCAUUUGUCAUGUUCAUAUGGCUGCUUCUUAGAAAUAAACUUUUACCACAGGGUGUAUUUCUAGUAUUUUUUAAAAUAAACGGAUAAGUAAAUAAUAAUAAUAGCUAAAAAUAAUUUUACUAGUGCUCAAAUGUACCCAUACAGGAUUUGAAAAUGAAAGGAACAUUUAGCACCGCCCCCCUCCGCCACCCUUACCUUGCAAAGGGUCAGUUUAAAAUAAAAAGAAACUGAAAGCAUCCCAUCAUGUUGCAUCAUCAGAGGCUGUCUGCCAGAACCCCUGCGCUCAAAACCCAUCAGACACGCCGACUGAGCGGCCACAGAGAAACAAGUCACUAAGCAACCAUCACCAUUGGAUUGCAGCACAGAAAUAUAGCAUUACCUAUAUUUUCGGUCGUCCCGAGUCAUCCAAAAAUUAUUACAAAUUGCAGAGACGCGCGCGGGUGGUGCGCUGACUUCAGAGUUCAUAUGACAGGCGGCGGUUUUACCUGCGAACAUGCUGCACCGGUGACGACUGGCUGAAGGUUCAUCCUGCUACUGAAAAAUCAUUCAACCAACCAGUGGGUCUGCCGAGUCGAGGGGGUGCAAGAGAUGUCCCCUUUAUUCAUGGACACCGGGUACGAGCCCAACAGCCCCGGCUCGCUAUCAGCUGAGUGCAACAGCAACACUGCUGGCUCGGAGAGAGAGGGAGAGGGACAAGGGACGGAAAACAGAGGGACUAAAAGACGACAGAAGAACAGAGAAGCAGCGAGGAAGAGCCGGAAAAAACAGACAGAGAGGGCGGAUGAGCUCCAUGAGGAACUCCAGAAACUGGAGCAAUCAAACUCUGCCUUUCAAAAGGAGAUAGCUGCAUUGAAAAAAGAAGUCCUUCUCUAUACGACGGCUCUGGAUCGCCACGAGCCUUCCUGCUGCCUCAGAGCGUCCAGGUCCAGCUCAUCCAACUGCCUCUCUGUUUCCCCAUCGUCGGUUGACGCCACGCUCCCUCACAACUGCUCCAGCCCUCCCCAGAACCCUCCCCGGACUACAUGUUCCAGUUUAGCUGCUGUGCCUUUGCUCUCUACCUCCUCAACUCCCAGCCUGGGUCAUCACACCCAUGACUGCCUUGAAAACACCCGUCUCUCACCUUCACCGUCUUCCGGGUCACCGGCUGAACUCUUCACCACCUCGUCCUCCUCCACUGCAAUGGAUGUUUCUUUUUCAGUUGCCGCCCCACACUCUUUGUUUAGUGAAGAGCCUCCUUCUCUAAUUGCCUCAAGGCCAACAAAUGCUGCCCUGACGUCGCUGUGCGCCAGCCUCAUUUCAAACCCGAUUUCCCCCGCAGUUGCUCAGCCUCCAUCUGAGCAAGACAUUCAUGAACGUUCUUCAGCGUCAACGAAUGCUCUUCUCCAUAUAAACGGCCCUACUUUGCUUCCCUCCUCUCACCCAACUCCCUCUACACCUCAUUCCCCAGUACCGGAUGCCUUUCUAAUGAAAGCCUCUUUUCAAACUGCUUCAUCGAAUGCAGUGCCCCCAUACUCCCAUUUAAGACCUCCAGUGGCAGAAAACACAGGUCUAGCAGCACAAGGUUUCCCCAUGAAUGUGCCCAAGCUUCAUCCAUGUCAAUUCAGCAGAAAUCCAAAACUUUCAAGCCCACCAUGUAUUGUUUUACCAUCACCUCUUCAAGAGCCUGCUUUUCAGUCUCUUUCGGUUUCCCAGCAGGCAAACCAGAAUCCUUCCCCUGCCCGUGCUUUCGAAAUAAAGCCAAGUUACAUCCAACAAAUGACGCCUACUCCUGCGUCUCUGCUCUCCUUGCUCACUGUCCCCAGUCCUCUUAAUGUUCCUCAGCCUACCUCCAGGAGCUUUGAUGGACUUCUUGCUCAACCUCCAUCCUCGCUGCCACUGCUGGGUGAUCCCUUAAGCGAUGUCUCCCUUUCUGAGCUCCUGGAGGUCAAUGAUUGGAUCCUAAGUGGGAAUAGCAACCUUUAGCACUACACAAUGCCAACAUGCAAGGUUUUAUGAGUAUAAGCUGAAAGAUUUUUACAUCAGACAACCAGAUGUACUCAUAUAUGGAAACCUGGUAUCAGAAAAUGAACUAAGGGCCAAACACAUGUCUGGGCUACACCCUGAUGACAUCAUGAUGACAUCAUCAGGGGUUAUUUCCUCACUUGACAAAGCACCUGCAGUGCAUUGGACAUUAUAUAGGUGUUUUCACAGGAUGAGUAGGAUAAAUAAACUGACUUUUACAUGUGAAAUCAGUGGAGUUCCCCUUAAAUGAUGGCAAAAAGUGCCCUGAUAAAGUUUCAAGGAAUCCUUCCCUGUACCUGCUACAAUGUCUGACUCUUUGCUAGCCAAAACUCUGUCAAAUAAUAGAGCGAUUUGAGAGUCGAUAAUUUACAAGAAAAUGCACUGUGAAUGAAAGAAAAUCAGAAAAGGGCGCUAUCUCUUUCUUAAUCAAAAGACAAGAAACUGACUCAACAUCUGAAAUCUAUAAUUUUAGAUAGGGUGGACUGCUCACUUCCUUGUAACUUCGUGGAAAUGGCAUGAGGAGAAAUUUCAAUCUGUUCUUAGAGCCUUCCUGUGGACACAGAGCCAAUGUUUGCCACACAACUCUGGGAUGGCUGAACAGAACGGUUUAAGUAGAGGAUUUUUUUUUUUUUUUUAAUCACAUUUAAAAUAUAUAAUGAGACACACCAUCGAUUCACAUACAGUCUCAAUAUUCUGCUGCUAUUUAAGAUGACUUCCCAAUAUUUGUAUCUGGGACAAAAUUAAAGUUAGUCAAUUACUGAAUUAUUUUUUUAAUCAUAUAUAAUUAUUUAUUUUUCAACAUUAUUUUUACAAAGUAAAAUCAAUUUAUCUCGUUUUUUCUGUUCUUCAAAUCACAUAAUUGCAUAUUUUUCUAUUUACUGUAAUCAUGCUCCUAUAUGAUACAUUGUUAAUUUACAUCUUUUACCAAGCUCUGCUUUGUGCAAAAAAAUUUUUUUUUCAUAAAAUUAAAUGCAAGAGUGGAUUACCAACUGCUCUGAAGCCCAGUAUCAGUUGAUAUUUUGUAUUUUCAUAUUGCUAAAUAAACGUGUGGCCACCAACAGCCCUCUAGUGGGUUAAUGCGGCCAUGAUUUAAGUAAACUACAUCUGAGACAAGUAACAACCCUCAUUUACAGUUACUACAUGACAAAAUCCAGCCAAAUAUAUGUAUGUAUGAGAUAUUAUUGUGUUAGUUUGUAACAAUGUUGUAAAGCUUGUUGUAAAUGUUUCACCAGUCUGUAUUACAAACUAAGCUGUUGUAAGAUGUUCAUGUUGGAUUUCACUGAUCGUUGAGGGGGAAAUGGUAAAAGGAAAAGAUGACGAGAAAGAGAAAUAAUAUAUAGUUCUAUUUCUCUCCUUCUAGCUGACAAUAAGAGGACGAAGAGGCUGCUCAAACCUGUCGUACAAACAACUGCUGGGUUGUAAUUUUUUUUUAAGUUAUAGGAAAUUUAGCUGGGUUUACGCACCUUGAUUGCAUUAAAAUGACUGUUUUGGUUUUUCAAAUGAUUCUUUCUUUUUUAAUUUUGCAAGGCCACAGUCAGGAUUUAGAAAUACUGAGGUCACAUGUGUAGAUCCUGUAAUGUAUCCCACCCAGACCCACCCCAAAAUAAAAAACAACUUAACUGUCAUCAGGAGCGAUAUAGUGCAAUGUUUCUAAUGCUCACUGACCUGUUCACACACACA